AUGUCUGAAAAACAAAACAAAUUCCCUGACGAUAUCGAGGCACCAGACCCUAUAACUCAUACUUCGUCGCAGAUUGGAGAAGUUAUUAAAGGACAAGAUACGACUCACGAUGCCGUUUUUGGGGAGGUCACUGAAGGGGGACCUAAUUAUCGCAAUGUGGGAUGGCUGGGAACCGUUGCCCUGAUGAUGAAGACCCAAAUUGGUCUGGGUGUCCUUUCUAUACCCUCCGUCUUCAACACUUUGGGAAUGAUUCCCGGUGCGAUCUUGCUCUGUAUUGUGGCAGGAAUUGCUACUUGGACAAGCUACAUAGUCGGCGUUUUCAAGAUGAAACAUCGGGAAGUCUACGGCCUUGACGAUGCAGGUGGCCUAAUGUUUGGUCGAGUUGGGCGAGAAAUCCUGGGUAUUGGAUUCAGUCUUUAUUGGAUCUUCGUUGCGGGUUCCGGUAUUCUCGGGAUCUCAAUCAGCCUGAACGCAAUUUCAGCCCACGGAACAUGCACUGCUGCAUUCGUUGCCAUUGCGGCUGUCAUUGGAUUUUUAUUAGCUAGUGUACGCACGCUAGGCAAGAUUAGUUGGAUAGCAUGGCUUGGAUUAGUUUGCAUUCUUGCCGCGAUCCUGGUCGUGACAGUCAGUGUUGGCAUCCAAGACCGACCAGCCUCAGCACCCCAAGACGGCCCAUGGUCGUCUGAUUUCAAAUUGAGCAACAGCCCAUCCUUUGCGGAGGGUGUUGCUGCAGUCUCAUCUCUUAUUUUUGCAUGCUCUGCCACCCCAGCCUAUUUUGCCAUCGCCGCCGAGAUGCGCGACCCCCGUCUAUUCACGCGGUCCCUUAUUGUCAGUCAAAUUGGCUCUACCGUGAUAUACUUGGUUAUUGGUAUCGUGGUAUACUACUACUGCGGAACAUAUGUUGCCUCACCAGCUUUGGGCUCUGCUGGGCCACUGAUCAAGAGGAUCUCAUAUGGUAUUGCCCUUCCUGGUCUCAUUGCUUCCACGACUAUUGUGAUUCAUCUACCGAGCAAAUAUGUAUUCGUCCGCAUCUUGCGAGGAUCCGACCAUCUAGCCUCUAACUCCUUUAUUCACUGGAUUACAUGGCUCUCCUGCACUUUUGCCUCAACAAUAAUAGCCUACCUCAUUGCAAGCGGUAUUCCAUUUUUCAAUAGUCUCGUUUCACUUAUCGGCGCUCUUCUAGGUGCUUUUCUGGCAUAUCAGCCUACUGGCUGUAUGUGGUUUUAUGAUAACUGGCGACCUCGGGGUGACCGUACAUGGAAGUGGACUUUCAUGGCAUGUUGGAGUGGCUUCAUUAUCAUCAUUGGAACAUUUAUGACCGUGGCAGGUACUUACGGUUCCAUUGUGAGUAUUAUUGACUCCCUCAGGGAGGAUGGGGGAUCUAAGCCGUGGACUUGUGCUGAUAAUUCUAAUUCCUGA